UGACAGCGUCGACGGCACUACUCAGCGAACACGGAAGUCAGGCCCGCUUUCGCUUUUUCUGUUUUUGUAUCGCUUCUUUUUAAAAAAAAAAAAAAAAAAAGGUCCGCCAUGAAGGCAAUCAGUCCCGUCCGCUCGGCGAGGAGCUGCUACAAGGCCGUGUGCUGCAUAUCGGAGCACAGCGUGGCCAUUAGCCGGAAUAAGCACGCCUGUGUGGACGAGCCGUCCGGCGCCCUGUGCGACAUGAACGACUGCUACUCCCGCCUGAAGGCGCUCGUUCCCAGCAUCCCUCAGAACCAGACGGUGAGCCAGGUGGAGAUCCUGCAGCACGUCAUCGACUACAUCUUCGAUCUACAAAUCGCCCUGGAGGCGGAAGAACCACAGAUGCUUUUGGCCAUAAAGACUGCUGACCUGACCAGAACUUUCUCCAAAGACGAGGGACGUGUGUGCCAUUAGGAUGUGUCAUAAUGGUGCAGGGAAACACAUGUCUCCACUUCACUCCAGGCAAGAGGACAAGAGGGGCAGAAAGGGUGGGAUAGGUAUGUGGGAGAGUGGAGGAGAAAAGAUGGAAAGAGCUGACUCUUUUCCGAGAGGAAUUUUUUUUAAAUUUUUUUUUUGCUCCUGGAUGGACACAAAACACCAAAACCUCCAUUUGGAAACAUCCUUUGCAUUUGAAUCUAUUUUUUUUCUUUCUGCAUUGCAUUCCAAAUUGUAAACACGUUCACUCUUACGUGACAUCCCUCUGCAGCGCCUUACAAAAUGUGCACAUAUCUACUUUUUGGGGGUGUAUGUGAGGUUUUUAUUUAGUUUUAUUUCUGGGCCAAAUAGUUGUUGUUUUUUUUAUUCUAAUCCAAACUCUAUAAUAGAGUUACUUGUAAAUGUCUGUGGGGAUUGUGUUAUUUCCACAGACACUAUUGAGUGAGUUUUAUAAACUCUUUAUAGUAAAGUUUGUGUGCUUAUGUUAUUGAAAAUAAAACGUUCAACAACCAAA